UGCGUCGCCGCCCCCACCACUCCCCUAUACGGGAUUCCGAGUGCACAAGAAAGCUCUUCUCGCCUUGCUCGCGGCACCGCGGGCGCACUCUCCGUGCAAGAACGCCGGCCUGGCGUUGCCGCGUCCCCGGAUCAAUCCGGCAUCUCCGGAGUUAUACGCUAGAAUUUUUCCAACCCGGCUUAAACGACUUAAACCCUUGGAGUUUAUGCAUCGCUAUGCCGGAGGCGCGGGAAUAGAAAAAAUUGUUGUAUCGGGUGUUAAAGGGGUGGAAUCGGGGAGUCUCGCGGGUGGGCUCCGCGCCCUAAUCCGCUAACCCUUUUCCCUACAUAGCGCUGUCGCCGACGAGCCGGCAACGUCGCCGAAGAGCAGAAGGAACGGCGGAGGAGAGACCGAACGCGGCCGGAAUCGAAUAAUCAAAAAGUCAUCGCAUCGUCGUCCAUGGCUGCGAACGUCGCCCGUGGUUCGGUUCGCGCGUGAAAAACCAAGUAGAUUAUCGACGAUUACCAAGGGGUGCGAUCGGCGACAUUCUCCCCGGAACAAAAGGAGGACUAGCAGCAGGUAAAAUGAGGCUGGCUGUGUUCGUGUGCGCCCUCGCCGUGCUCGCGCUCGCUUCCGAGGCGAAGAGGAAGAGGAAAUUCGAAGGGGACUUCGAAUUCGCCGAAGAGGAUGAUAACAGAUCUAGCAAAUCUGUAGAGAAAAAGAGAUGGAUUCACGACCCUUCGAGCGAUCUGUGCCGGCCGUUGAAUUGCAAGAAAAAAGAAAUCUGCUUACUGGAGGACGCCUUCACAGCGGUAUGCGUAUCCCGAAAGGAACUCAAGAAAAACGGGGACAUUGUGGUACCGAAAACUUCUACCGAACCGGAGGAAUCUAAAGAUGAAGACGACGACGUCUUCUACGACACCGAAGAUGAUCCCGAGGGAGACAGCGAAGAACUGGGAGAUGCUGUAGUGUGUAAACCUUGCCCGGUGGUCAAGCCGAUAUUCUUGUGCGGUUCCGAUAACAGAACGUACAGCUCCCUCUGCCGGCUGGACUAUCACAAUUGCAUUCACAAGUCGAGCAUAAGGGUGGGUUGCAAAGGAUUCUGUCCGUGUUUAGACGACGAUUUCAGAAAGAAACAGAAACAAACCGAGAAGCUGAACUUGUUCAUGAGCAAGUACAAGGCAACGUUGGACAAAUCAGGCAGCGGCAGUUCCUCGAUAGGCGGGAAAUUGAACAAGAAUCCCCAGAAAUCCGAUUUGUACACGUACACCCCGCAGGACUUCAAAUACGAUAAUAAGCACUACAAAUACAUCAAAUACACGAAAUACAACAAGGACGCCAACAGUAUUUUAUACGCCGAAGACAAGGAACGGCUCAGAGGCUACAACGAAGUGCUGGAUAAUAAGAUAUACAGCGGCCCGGUUCUCGGCACCCCCAUUUACCCUCCCAAGCAAUGCUCCCCCACGGCCUUGCAAGCCAUGGGCAACCGGCUACUCGACUGGUUCUCCGUGGUGAUGAACGACGCCACCAAGCGAAGAAGAAUGAAAAUCAAAUCUAAAGUGCGUUUCCCUGCGGCGUGCAAGGGCGAGGUGAGAUGGAUGUUCCAGCACUUGGACACCAACGCCGAUUCGAAGCUCUCGCUGCAGGAGCUCUACGACCUGGAGCACGACCAGAACGAGGUGUGCCUGAAGCCGUUCCUGCAGCAGUGCGACGUCGACAGGGACGUGGUGGUGACGCCGUCCGAAUGGUGCAGGUGCUUCCAGAGAACGGAGCGACCCUGCGCGGCGGUCAAGCGCAAAAUCACCGCCGAUUUGCUGGGUGUGUUCGUGCCGGAAUGCGACAGCCAGGGGUAUUACAAAUCGGUGCAAUGCCAUAGUGCAAUUGGAAUGUGCUGGUGCGUUGAUAAGCACGGCGUGGAAUUCGCCGAUACUCGUACGCAUUCCAAGCCUAAUUGCGAGUCCAUCAUGAACAAGUCGAGUUUGGAUUACUCGGCGAAGCAAAUGAGCAAUAGCGUGGACAAUGCGAGCGAUGAUGAAGAUGGAGACGAUUCCGGCGAUCAGGAAAUAGAAGGCAGCGCCGAUCAUCCGGCGGAUUAUUAAAUUAAGUAAUAAUACCUGAUAGUAAUAAAGAGUAACGGUGAGGAAAAUAAUAAAUGAAAGAAACAACACCCUAAAUAUCCGUUAAGAAUUGCCUGCUACUACUUAAUAAUCUUUUCAUUAUGACCUAAUUUGUACGGCUUAGAGUUGUUUAGGAUAUUUUUUUAUGAAACGACGCGGUUUCUUAGUAAAGUAAAAGAGGCGUUAAUCGUCGGAGCAGUAACUUUAUAAACUGAAAUUAGUAGAAUUAUUCGUGCUAUCGGUAAUCUUUUUCGUGCAAAAUAAUAACUUUUGUGAAGGAAGAAAAGUUACUGCUUACAUCGAUUAAUUGUAUAUUUUUUUUCGUUUAAUAACGAUUUAUUGUAGUAAAAGUGACGAUGCAGGGUGUUCUUAAAAUGUAUACUAAAAACAAUCAAUUAGUAAAAGUGCGUUUUGCAGCUUAUUGAGGUACAUAAUUUUAUGAUCAUCCUGUAUGAGAAAUCGUAGUGAGUUUUAUAGCAACAAAACCGAAUUAUCCGAUUGGUUUAGAGGCCAAAAAAGCACGUUAAGAAACCAGUAAAACGAUUUUUUUUGUUAUAAAAUCACUACUCUUGCCUAACGAUAUAGAAAUGAAACAUUCCAUGCCAUUCCUAUUUUUUUAAGGAUUACCAUAAGCCCAUUCUCCAUGUAGCGUUUUAGUUAAGUUUACUAUAGUUUAUACGUGUAAAUAUUGAUUUUUCCACAAUUAGUCGGAAUUGGUUUGUAAUUUCACAUGUACCUCACUAGGUCUAUUAAUCAAACCUUUCAAUAACCAGUCGAGAUAACUCAAAGGCUCUAAAAAUAAUGGAGAGGAGUACAAUGUGAGAUUUACGAUUUUUAACAGAAAUAUAUGAAUAAAAAUAAGUCAUUAGUUCUCGAGUUAACGAACGAGUUACAUUUCAAAAUUAGGCCUUAAUAGGAAACGGAAAAAAUUAAAAAUUUCAUCAAUGACUUCAUAACAAUACGUUGUUUUAUAAAAAAUUAAAAAAAAAAGUGGUACUCCUCAUCAUUUUCUAUUACAAGCGAAUUCUGACUAACUCCUACCUAAAAUGCAUUUAAAAUAUUAAAAAAAGAUACUUAAGAAUCGACUAAUUUAGUAUUUUGGUGCUUGAAAUUUCUAUUAGUUCGCAGGUUUCCGUUCCGAUAAAAGUAAAGCAUUCUUAAAUUAUAAACGUGUAUCAAGUAUGGAAUUUUUUCGAGCAGUUAUGCGUAUUAUAGUUAGAAAAUAGUCAUACGCAGAAGCUUCAUGUUCGUACUGUCUAAAAAAUUAUUACAAACGUACAGGGCGAGCCGAAACUCGCAUCCAUGUAAGUACAUAUUUAUGCAUUUAUGUGUUUAGAACUAUCAUAAUAUUAUUGUUAACGUUAGAAAAAUUGUUUAUCGUCUUUUGAUGU